CAGCCUCCUCCGGGACACCAUCAUGAAGAACUGGGACGACGUUGCUGUCACAAAAAGAGCUUCUCAUUUCAUUUCUCAUCACAAUCUCAGGAGCAAGCCGGUGCAUCCGCAUCUCUUCUGUGACUUGGUUGUGAUCCCUCUGUAAAGAUGACCCACCAGUUUCCUACGCUCACCACUGAGAAGAAGAAGGAGCUGCAUGAGAUCGCUCUGCGCAUCGUGGCUCCUGGGAAAGGCAUCCUAGCAGCUGAUGAGUCAGUCGGAAGCAUGGGGAAGCGUCUGAAUCAGAUAGGAGUGGAGAACACAGAGGAGAACCGUCGCCUGUACCGCCAGGUCCUCUUCAGCGCAGACGACCGCAUUGACAGCUGCAUCGGCGGGGUCAUUUUUUUCCACGAAACCCUCUACCAGACUUCUGAUGAUGGUGUUCCAUUUGUUAAAAUGAUCAAAGACAAAGGGAUCACUAUUGGCAUUAAGGUUGAUAAAGGAGUUGUUCCCCUGCCAGGAACUAAUGGAGAAACUACUACACAAGGGCUGGACGGUCUAUCAGAGAGAUGUGCUCAGUACAAGAAAGAUGGAGCAGAUUUCGCCAAGUGGCGCUGUGUGAUGAAGAUCAGUGACACGGCCCCAUCUCAGCUGUGCAUCACAGAAAAUGCAAAUGUCCUUGCACGCUAUGCUAGUAUCUGCCAGCAGCAUGGGAUUGUACCCAUAGUGGAACCUGAGAUUCUACCUGAUGGAGAUCAUGACCUUAAGCGCUGCCAGUUUGUUACAGAGAGGGUGUUAGCAGCAGUGUACAAGGCCAUGUUUGAUCACCAUGUGUAUCUGGAAGGCACGCUGCUCAAGCCCAACAUGGUGACCCCUGGACAUGCUUGCCCCACCAAAUACAGUGCUGAGGAGGUUGCCAUGGCGACAGUCACUGCUCUACGCCGCACUGUGCCUCCUGCAGUCACUGGAAUAACAUUUCUAUCUGGAGGCCAGAGUGAAGAGGAGGCCUCUGUCCACUUAAAUGCCAUCAAUAACUGCCCACUGGUAAAGCCCUGGUCACUGACCUUUUCUUUUGGUCGAGCUCUGCAGGCCUCAGCACUGAAGACCUGGCGCGGUCAUAAGGAAAACCAGAGUGCUGCCACUGAGGAGUUCAUUAAACGUGCUGAGAUCAACAGUCUGGCAUCCCAGGGGAAAUAUUCUGGCGAACGAGACAUCAGUGGCGCUACUGGUCUUUCCCAUUACCUGUCUAGCUAUGCAUACUGAAAUCUCCUCAAAUACAGACAAUUGCACUCCACUGUUAUAGAAAUGACUGUAUUUGAUCUGUCACACACACACACACACACACACACACACACGUUUCUUGGGUUCAGUACAUAGCUGUUUGAACUACAUCAGUAUUAGCCGUUAAAAUUGAAUUAAACAACUAAAACGCUAUAUAGAAAACCUUAUACAUUAUUAUAAAUACCUUCUAGAUAAACGUGAGCUGGUUAUCUUCUCACUCAACCAACACAAUCUGGGGUUGUCUUUACAACUUGUGCUUCACAGUGAUUGAUCAAAACAUCAUUUAAAUGUCUCUAUGUGAUAGAAAUAAGCUUAUUUACACUUAGUACCUGUGGAUUGUGUACUUUUGG